CCUUCUUUUACAAAAUAAUACCAGUAGCAAAUGCAUCAAACAUUAACAUCCCUGGAGGUCAUAGAUCUGUAUAAAUACCUGUACGCGUUGAGUAUUAUUGGUUAUAAUCGUUAACGAAGGAAAUCUGUUUAAACGGGGAUCUGAUUUAUUUUUGCAACCCGCAGCUAUGAGGGGAUUGUUUCAAAGGUGGCUGUGCGUCUUGUUUUUGGCAGGGGUGCGGGGCUCGCCCUUUUUAGCAGCGGGGCCAAUCCGCUGCGCACCGUGCACGCCGGAGAAGCUGCGCGACUGCCCCGCCGUGGCGCCGGGCUGCGCAGAAGUGCAGCGCGAACCGGGCUGCGGAUGCUGCAGCGUCUGCGCCCUGGCCAAGGGGGAGCCGUGCGGAGUCUACACGGCGCACUGCGGCACCGGCCUGCGCUGCACGCCCAAGCCCGAGGACCCACGGCCCAUACACACCCUCAUUCACGGCCAGGCCACCUGCACUGAAUACACUGAGAGCCAAGCCUCCCAGAGUCCAGGUGAUGCCGAAGUCAACGUCGAGGUAGCGCUGGACUACGGCUCCGUGCUGUACAUGCUGUCCGAGGACAAGCCGACCGAUCCUAAGGAUCUCGCGGACGCCCAAGAAAGCAUUAAAGCCAAGAUCAACGCAAUUAGAAAUAAACUGGUGGAGCAUGGUCCAUGUCACACUGAGCUACACAGGGCCCUGGACAAGAUUGCAACAACCCAGUUUAAACUGGGGGAUAAAUUCACCACGUUUUACCUCCCCAACUGCGACAAGCACGGCUUCUACAAAUCCAAGCAGUGUGAGACGUCUCUGGAGGGCCAGGAAGCCCGCUGCUGGUGUGUGUCCUCCUGGAAUGGGAAGAGACUCCCUGGGACCAGUGACCUACUGGGCCAAUCUGACUGCCAACAGGAAGUCGCCCACUGAAUGUGCCCUGACAUACGCACACGCAACGCACACACACGCAACGCACACACACGCAACGCACACACACGCAACGCACGCACAUGCACGCUUGUUUUUUUAUUUAUUCAGUAUUAUUUUAAAUCUUUGCACAUUGUGACACUGAUUCUCGAUUAAUCUUUUAAAAUGGAAUUUAAUCUUAUAUAAAGCACAUCAUUUUAUUUAUUAAUAGCACAUGUGCACAUUUAAGUAUUGCAU